UUCAUCGCUAACGUGUCUCGUUGGUUCUAUUUGUGUAAACAAACAUAACGUACUCAUAGGCAAUCAUGAUUUUUCUAAUAUGGACGGGUGUGAUAUUGGCCACAAUUUACAUAUAUCUUCGGCAAAUUUAUUCAAGAUUCACAGCAAAUGGAGUUCGCCAAAUCGACCCGAUUCCCCUUGUUGGGAACAUAUGGCCAGCUAUAGCGAGGAAACACCAUAUUGUUUAUGAAUUGGAGAAAUAUUACAAUACAUUCCCUAAUGAAAGAUUCGUUGGUAAAUUUGAGUUUAUGAAUCCAGUAGUACUAGUGAAAGACAUUGAAUUGAUAAAGAAGAUAAUUAUAAAAGACUUUGACUAUUUCCUCGACCACCGCGGAUUCACGGAUGAGGAGGUAGAACCUAUAUUUGCGAGGAACCUCUUCUCUUUGAGAGGCGAAGAAUGGAAAGAUAUGCGGUCCACAAUGAGUCCAGCGUUCACCAGCUCGAAGAUAAAAGCGAUGGUUCCCUUCAUGGAGGAAGUCGGGAACCAGAUGAUACGCGCUUUGAAGAAGAAGAUUGAAGCUGCUGGAGGUGGUGCAAUAGAAAUGGACUGUAAGGACAUCACCACACGUUACGCCAAUGACGUCAUUGCGUCCUGUGCUUUCGGUCUUAAAGUGGAUUCCUAUGAGGGAAACAAUGAGUUCUAUGAGAUGGGGAAAACAGCGUCCCAAUUCAAGAUAAGUCAGAAGAUGAUGCUCUUAGCGUACCACGCUUUCCCUGGCCUUGUUAAGAGGCUGAAAAUGACGGUGUUUUCAAAAGCAACUACACGUUUCUUCACACAACUGGUGAUGGACACCAUGCGCAAUAGAGAGGCUAAUAAAAUAAUCCGACCUGACAUGAUACAUCUCCUCAUGGAAGCCAAGAAAGGUCAACUGAAUCAUGAAGAAAAGUCUAAAGACGCUAUCAUUGACGCAGGCUUUGCUUCUGUGGAGGAAUCCUCUGUUGGAAAGAGAAUAAUAAAAAGAGAGUGGACAGACAAUGACCUGAUUGCGCAAGCAGUGCUCUUCUUCAUAGCUGGCUUCGAAACCAUAUCUAUUGCUGCGUCAUUUACUUUGCACGAACUCGCUUUACACCCGGAGAUCCAGGAUAGACUGGCGAAGGAAAUAAGAGAAGACGCACUGAAAAAUAAUGGCAAAAUAGAAUACAACACCAUACAGUCCUUACCGUACUUGGAUAUGGUGGUUUCAGAGGUGCUCAGACUGUGGCCUGCUGCUUUACAGUUGGACAGAGUUUGCGCAAAAGAUUACAACAUGGGAAAGCCUAAUAGCGAAUCAACCAAAGAUUUCAUUAUCCACAAAGGGGAGUUAGUGAUAAUGCCAAUGUGGUGCAUUCAUCGUGAUCCCAAAUUCUUCCCUAAUCCUGAGAAAUUCGACCCCGAACGCUUCUCAGAGGAAAAUAAAGAUAAAAUUAAUCCAAUGACGUAUAUGCCGUUUGGUGGUGGACCCAGGAAUUGUAUUGGUUCAAGAUUUGCGCUGCUGGAAGUAAAAAUGCUAAUUUAUCAAAUUAUUCUACACAUGGAGGUAUCACCCUGCAGUAAGACGUGUAUACCAAGCAAGCUGUCAAUGGCAAGCUUUAACAUUAGUCUUGAUGGGGGACAUUGGCUGAAUUUCAAAAUAAGGCAGUCACAGAAGAUCAUGAUUUUUCUAAUAUGGACGUGUGUGAUCCUGGCUAUAAUUUACAUAAAUCUUCGGCAAAUUUACUCAAGAUUCACAGCAAAUGGAGUUCGGCAAAUCGACCCGAUUCCCCUUGUUGGGAACAUGUGGCCAGUUGUUGCGAGGAAAUACCAUUUUGUUUAUGAUUUGGAGAAAUUUUACAAUACAUUCCCUAAUGAAAGAUUCGUUGGUAAAUUUGAGUUUAUGAUUCCAGUAGUACUAGUGAAAGACAUGGAAUUGAUAAAGAAGAUAAUUAUAAAAGACUUUGACUAUUUCCUCGACCACCGCGGAUUCACGGAUGAGGAGGUAGAACCUAUAUUUGGGAGGAACCUUUUCUCUUUGAAAGGAGAAGAAUGGAAAGACAUGCGGACCACAUUGAGUCCAGCGUUCACCAGCUCGAAGAUAAAACUGAUGGUUCCCUUCAUGGAGGAAGUCGGCAACCAGAUGAUACGCGCUUUGAAGAAGAGGAUUGAAGCUGCUGGAGGUGGGGCAAUAGAAGUCGACUGUAAGGACAUCACCGCUCGUUUCACCAAUGACGUCAUCGCGUCGUGCGCUUUUGGUCUCAAAGUGGAUUCCUAUGAAGGAAACAAUGAGUUCUAUGAGAUGGGGAAAACAGCAUCCCAAUUCAAGAUACGUCAGAUAAUGAUGUACUUGGCGCACACUGCUUUCCCUGGCCUUGUAAAGAGGUUGAAAAUGACGAUGUUUUCAAAAGCAACUACUCGUUUCUUCACACAAUUGGUGAUGGACACCAUGCGCAAUAGAGAGGCUAAUAAAAUAAUCCGACCUGACAUGAUACAUCUACUAAUGGAAGCUAAGAAAGGUCGACUGAAUCACGAGGAAAAGACAAAAGAUGCUGUCAGUGACGCAGGCUUCGCUACUGUGGAGGAAUCAUCUGUUGGAAAGAGAACAAUACAAAGAGAAUGGACAGACAAUGACCUGAUCGCACAAGCAGUGCUCUUCUUCAUAGCUGGCUUUGAAUCAAUAUCUAUUGCUACAUCAUUUGCUCUGCAUGAACUCGCUUUACAUCCAGAGAUUCAGGAGAGACUGGCGAAGGAAAUUAAAGAAGACGCAGCGAAAAAUAAUGGCAGAAUAGAAUACAAUUCCAUACAGUCCUUACCGUAUUUGGAUAUGGUGGUUUCAGAAGUGCUCAGACUGUGGCCCGCUGGUUUCCAGUUGGACAGAGUUUGUGCAAAAAUCUACAACAUGGGAAAGCCGAAUAGCGAAUCCACCAAAGAUUUCAUUAUCCGCAAAGGGGAGUUUGUGUUAAUACCAAUAUGGUGCAUCCAUCGCGACCCCGAAUUCUUCCCUAAUCCUGAGAAAUUCGACCCUGAACGCUUCUCAGAGGAAAAUAAAGAUAAAAUUAAACCAAUGACGUAUAUGCCGUUUGGUGGUGGACCCAGGAAUUGUAUUGGUUCAAGAUUUGCGCUGCUGGAAGUAAAAAUGCUAAUUUAUCAAAUUAUUCUACACAUGGCUGUAUCACCUUGCAGUAAGACGUGUAUACCAAGCAAGCUGUCAUCAGCAAACUUUAACCUUGAUCUUGCUGGAGGACAUUGGCUGAAUUUAAAAAUAAGGCAGUGAACGGAAAAAGUUUUAAAUGUUUCAAUCAAUUUUCCAUGGAGCAGAAAUUACUCUUUAUCUAGGGAUAUAUAUUUUAAGUAG